ACGAGCUCGAUAUGCUGAAAGGCCCCAAUCCCACACAUCCCGACCUGUUACGACAGCUCGAGUGCCUGCAGCGAUACCGUGAUGACAAGAUCCACUACGAGCACACCCUCUUCCAGUACCGUCUCAAAUCCCUCCUUAAUAAGAGUCUCGCGGAACGGGCGCAGGCACACAGCACGUACUUCCAGCGCAUCCGGGACCUUCGGGAGAAGCACUCGACGAACACGAGCAAGCAAUUCUACGCCAUCCAACACGAUCGGUUCAAGACCGACGAACUCAGCCCGCAGCAGUACAUCCCGUUCCCCACGCGCCGGUCCCAGCAGAUCGCGCAGCAGACGGCGUACAAUCAGGAGGUGUCGGUCCUGGCGGGGGUGGCCAAAUACGUGGGAUUCCCGGCGGCGCCUUCGCUGUCGGCCGCGCGGCCGUCGGAACUGGAAGAGGAUUUGGAGAAGAUGGGGAUCACCAUCGAACCCAAAGUUCCCGUCUCCCAACCGCCCACCACCAUGCCGCGGGGCCCCAUGUCCGCCAUGUCUUCCAACGUCUUCCGCACGGCGGCAGAGGAAGCGUUCCUGGAGCAGACUCCCUGGGCCAACCCCCUGCACCCGGCGCAUCAACAGCAGAUUGGGUCGCAAAAGCUCCCAGGCCGGGCGCCGGAGGACCACCGUGCGCCCGCGUACACCACGCCAGCGGGGCAGAAGCGGGUCGUCGAUGUCAAUGCGCCCAACGGGUCCGCGUCCACCAUCGCCGAGAACUCGUCGGCCAACAACACGCCCUACGGGAUGGAACAAGACGCCGGGCCGUCAGGUCUCGCCCAGAUGGGACACGUGGAUUACGACGCGGCGCGCCGAUCAGGGUUCCGGUCCCUCAGCUCGUCUCCGUUGGACGUGCGAAAACCGCACCCGGCGGCGUACGGAGGGCACGACCACCGAUCGCCGUCCGGGGCGGGGCAACACGCCGCGUACUCACCCCCUCCAGCUCGACUGGGCCUCUUCCACUCGGCGGCCUCCCGACGGGAAUCGUCACCCUCAAUGUCAUCCAAAGCAGUCAACUCCAUGGGUGUGCUGGGCGGACCCGGGUCCAACCAGAUGGCGGCGCGAUAGGAUUACCACCCGCGAGUCUUGCGCUGCACUUUCCUGCGUUUUUCGAAUCUUGACGGACAAAUAAAUACCCAUUCGCUUUUGCUUGUUUGUUUACUUUUACUUCAUUCUGGGCAUGAUUGAUUUGGGGUUGGAUUGGAUGGUUGUACAUGGAAUGUAUUCGGUGUUGUAGAGAUGCUUUUGACUGACUUAUGUG